AUGCAACUGGAUACGAAAUCUGGCUGUCCUUCAAUUCACUUCGGACGUCCAGAAAAUUCAAGUGGGGGAAUAAUCAAACUGCACGUCUCAUAUCCUUUGCUUCAUGUAUCGUCCUCUUUUCUGGCUGGAUUUAAUAGGCCAUAUGGAGCGGGAGAGGGGGAUCCGGACCAAAAUGAAAAUGCCUUGAGAGCCUUUUGUUCGAUACCUCAUGCGGUGUUUCCCCCUAAAUUCGUACCUUCCUUGGCUUAUGGUGAUUUGCAAGUUGACCAUCAUGAGGUGUUUUUGCCUUCCUCGUCAGAGGAGGAGGGCGAUGAGCUUAAGCUGGAAGAAUCGUCCGAAUCUUGGGUUUCAAAACUAUUAGACGAUCAUUUCCCUUCAACUUUACAGUCCAUAGAUUCGUUCUCCUCGCCCCCAUCAUCUGCAUUUACCUCGUCAUCGUUGCUGGCCUCGCAGCUGCUUACCCCGAUCGCAUCGCCGGCACCAAUGUCGGUCGUGUCAAAAGGGAAGCAAGUUCCAAACGCCAUCAUCCCGUGGCGGAUUGAAGCUGGCUUGGACAUGCGAACCACAUGCAUGUUCAGGAACAUUCCAAACAAAUUUUCUCAAAGAAUGUUGAUCGACUUUCUCAACGAAACCCAUAUGCAGAUGUAUGAUUUUGUCUACUUGCGCAUGGACUUUAAAAAUCGAUGCAAUGUCGGGUAUGCCUUUAUUAACUUUGUCGAGCCACGCUUUAUUGUUUCUUUUCAUGCCAGGGUAAAAGGGAUGCAUUGGGAUAAUUUCAACACCAAUAAGAUAUCUGACCUUACAUAUGCAAAUGUUCAGGGCAAAGAGGCCUUGGUGAAGAAAUUCCGAAACUCGUCGAUUAUGAAUGCGGAGGCUGCUUUUCGUCCAAAAAUUUUCUACACUACUGGCCCAAGACGUGGAGAAGAGGAGCAGUUUCCACUACCCGAAUCGAUGAGGCAUCAACAGGCUGUCAAAGCCCCCCAGCUGAAUCAGCCUACUAGAACUGACAAGCUGAAUAGCUCGAUGGCUAGUUCUGAAGCCAUUUCAUAA